AUGCAAUCGGUUGGAUCUGUUAGUCUAGCAGCGGGUGCCAACCCAUCAUUCAGACCCCCCACUGCACGAGGGCAUGCUCCUCGUCUCUCGACAGACUCGCAGGGCUCAUCAGGUAGUGCCAGGCAGCCAGCACAGCAGCAUUCUACAACACCAGGGCCACAGCAUCGAGCAUCUGCUCCUGUUAGCGCUUGGAGCCCAGCACCGGGUGCCAACCCAUCAUUCAGACCCCCAACCGUGCGAGGGCAUGCUCCUCGUCUCUCGACAGACUCGCAGGGCUCAUCAAGCAGUGCCAGGCAGCCAGCACAUCAGCAUUCUACAACACCAGGGCCACAGCAUCGAGCAUCUGCUCCUGUUAGCGCUUGGAGCCCAGCACCGGGUGCCAACCCGUCAUUCAGACCCCCAACCGUACGAGGGCAUGCUCCUCGUCUCUCGACAGACUCGCAGGGCUCGUCGAGUAGUGCCAGGCAGCCAGCACAGCAGCAUUCUGGCACAGCAGGUGCACAGGGGCUGUCUAUUGGUCCCCAGGGCUCUACACCUAAACCACCUCAAACAUCAGCUCGAUCGACAGCCCCAGCCCCUCCUGCGCAGCAGUUGCGUCCCCCACCAGCUGUCUCGAAGCCUCCAGUGCAGCAGCCACAGCACCAGUCCCAACCUCAACAACAGCCCACCCAGCCCCCUGCUGCGCCUGCCCAGGGCGCGUCGGCUCGACAGGCACAUCAAGCCCAAGAUUCCCAUCCUGGUCAUGCUCAGAUACGUGCCCUGGUUGUGACCAGCGCAUGGCAGUACGAUGACACUGCCGAGUAUGUUACGGAACCUGCAAUGCGAUACAGCAUCCCCGAAGAGUGUAAAGUAAUGGGAGUGGUUCAGUUUGAAAAGGGCAACGAAGGCUACCAUCAAGCCACAGACUCAACUGGUAAAUGGUGCAAGGCGGUCUUCAAGCGUGGCAAAGCUAAGCUAUAUGUCCUUAUUCCUACUGACCGCGUUAAGAUUGGCGCUCUCAGCAAGACAAUAGAACAAAGACUCGACGAGUCAAAGGAGGUCAAACUUUAUCCAUUUGCUGAUGUAACUGGUGAUACUCCUCUGGUAAGGUUUAUCAGAUCGUUCUGGUCUGGUAUGCGAGCCCAACAGGCUACCCUCCACCAGUGCUAUAUUUCCGAGAUACAACUUACUGCCAUGUUCUCGGACCAAAACUUCAUAAGCAAUAUUGAUGCAAUCACCUCGUCUUUUAUAACGGUUGUACGGCAUUCCAUUGAGCACGGUAAAAUUACCGCAGCAUCACUGGUACAACUACCAAAGGUGACCGAUCAAUGGCCUCCUCGAGGAAUGAAAUGUAUUUACCUGCGAGUAUACACACACCAGGACCCAGAUCAUAUCAAUAUCGAGGACUACGCUACAUACUCCGGGCAGAGCUUUCGAGUACAAACACGAGAUAUUGAGCAUCAAAAUGAAACAGAGAAAAACAAGACUGGACAUCCGCACUACCGCCGUGCAAGGGCAUCACCGAAGGAUCAUAGACAUAUGAUCCCUGUAAUGCUGUUUGACCCAUCCACGUCCCAUACACUGAUAGACAUGGCUGAAGAAACUGCUGUUGUUCUAUUUAAUUGCGUCCACAGCCUUGGCUAUACCGAUAACCUCCCUGCAGUCCAGAAACUCAAUAUACUCAAGAGCAAGAUCGCCACAGAAGCUCGGCAGGCGUCUUCAUGGCCCAAGCUUGGAGUUCGAGGCUGCAAUAUCCGUUCACCAAUCAUGGGAAUAGGGGGAACACCAUACUAUGGCAUAUCAACACCCGCCGCGUUCCCAGGGGACCGUGGGAGGACAAUAUACCGAAGGGCUGCGUUUGCCAUUGGACAUCCGAAUGACACGGGUCACCACGUGUCUUUACUACUCCAGCGAGACGGAGUCGAAACAAGAUAUGCAUUCACUCUCUCAUCGGAGAGAUUCAAUCGGACAUAUUCCCGAACCAAAGUCCCCGGCUAUAUUGUUUUCGAGAUUAUGCACGAUGGAAGGCCGCAUGAGACACCGUGGAUUAGAUGUCCACGUGUCGGGACUUUCAAAAACUUCGACUCACCAUCACGACUCGGUGUCAGAUUUGAAUGGUUUGAAGAAUCGACCAACAAGUGGCAAUCAGUAACAAGUCACCAAAGGUUUUACCGCGGCAAUUUCGCAGCUGGAUUAGAGAAAAAGGAUGAAUAUACUGCCCUCAAGUCUUGGCAUAAUGCAAACGAUAUCAUCCGCGCUCUAGAAGGUAUUACAUACAGUAACCCCUCAGGUGAUUUCCCUGCUUCGGUUUCAGUUGGGAUGAAAGAUAUAGUCAUGCUUGAAUCAAACCAUUUAGAACAAACAGCCAGCUGGGUCCAACGAAAAGGCCGAACCGAACCGAUUCCGGAGAGGGCCAGUUUUCAGUAUAAUGCCGAGAUGCUUGAAAAAGACGUGGAUGGACCUGAAUCAGAUACAAUUGUGUGUCUAACUAGCGUUCCGCAAUCGGAUGAGUUUUGGAACAGAACACCAGAGAACUAUGCAAGACGAGCAAUAUCCGCACAGGUGCCUAAGAAGUGCGACUUUACUAUGUAUAUGGCAUCACGCUCCAAGACCAACAGAGCCCCAUAUCAGCACAUCCCCCCGAAUGCCCAGAAUAGGUACUGCUCUUGUCAGCGUUGCAUGGUUCUCAAUCGACCCUGCACAUUUACAUCUCCAUUCUUUCGCAGAGUGCACUGGGGGGAGGGACCCCCGUACCUAACCAAGGAAAUGGCAGUUAUCGCUCUCUGUCCAACUGGUCCCCACCGUCAUCUUGCUUUCUAUCAAAGCGAGAUAGUUGAGUACCAGGAGGUAGAUACUCCAUAUGGGGGUAAAGAGUUUCUUCAGACAGCCCUGAAUCUGGCGGAUGAUUUGGAGAUAGAGGGUGAGGAAUCUGGCCCAGAGGAUGAAUAA